CCUGAAUAGAACAAAAGACUGACUCUCCCCAACCCCCCAAGAGAAUUCUGCCUGACUGCCUUCUAACUGAAACAUUGGCUCUUCCUGGUUCUGUGGCAGCCUGUUGGCCUCUAGACUUGAAUUGGGACAUCAGCUCUGCAGAUUUUGGGCUUGUCAGCCCCAUAAUCAUUAUCUGAGUCACCUGCAGGACCAAAAUGGAGGAGAGACCACAGCAUUGCCUGUCCAGAUUACCAGACAACUCUGCCCUGAAGCAGUAGGAGUUACCCGCCCACCGGCUAUACUUCACGGCCAGGAGAGUUCUCUUUGUCUUUUUCGCAACAGGAAUAUUCUGCCUUUGUAUGGGCAUCAUCCUUAUAUUGUCUGCAAGGAGCACUCAGGAAAUAGAGAUUAAUUACACAAGAACAUGUGCAAAUUGUGCAAAACUGCGAGAAAAUGCCUCUAAUUUUGACAAGGAAUGCACCUGCUCUAUUCCCUUUUACCUUUCAGGAAAAAUGAUGGGUAAUGUUUAUAUGUACUACAAAUUGUAUGGCUUCUAUCAGAACCUGUAUCGAUAUAUUCGAUCCAGAAGUGAUACACAACUGGUGGGCAAAGAUGUAAAAGCUGUUGAGGAUUGUGCCCCAUUUAAAACGUCCAACAAUAAGACCCCCAUCGUUCCUUGUGGUGCUAUUGCCAACAGCAUGUUCAAUGACACCAUAAUUCUUUCAUACAACAUUAAUUCAUCUGUACAAAUUAAAGUGCCAAUGUUAAAGAGUGGACUUAUGUGGUGGACAGAUAAAUAUGUCAAAUUUCAGAAUCCAAGUUCCAAGAAUCUUGCUGAUGAAUUUAGAGGAACCACAAAGCCCCCAAACUGGCCCAAGCCUAUCUAUGACUUGGAUAAAAAGGAUCCGAGAAACAAUGGCUUCCUCAAUGAUGACUUCAUUGUGUGGAUGCGGGCAGCUGCCUUUCCCACUUUCAAAAAACUGUAUGGUCGACUCAAUCAAACACACCAUUUUAUAGAAGGCUUGCCUGCUGAUGGAGUCUAACCCUGUCACCCAGGCUGGAGUGCAGUGGCGCAAUCUUGGCUCACUGCAGCUUCUGCCUCCCGGGCUCAAGCGAUCCUCCUGGCUCAAGUGACUCUCCUGCCUCAACCUCUCGAUUAGCUGGGAUUAUAGGUGUGUGCCACCAUACCCUGCUAAUUUUUGUUAUUUUAUUUAUUUAUUUGUUUGUUUGUUUGAGAUGGAGUCUUACUCUGUCACCCAGGCUGGAGUGCAGUGGCGCAAUCUCAGCUCACUGUAACCUCUGCCUCCCAGAUUCAAGCAGUUCUCCUGCCUCAGCCUCCCAAGUAACUGGGAUUACAGGCGCAUGCCACCAUGCCCAGCUAAUUUUUGUCUUUUUAGUAAAGAUGGGGUUUCACCAUGUUGGCCAGGCUGGUCUCGAACUCCUGACCUCAGAUGAUCUACCCGCCUCACCCUCCCAAAGGGCUGGGAUUACAGGCUUGAACCACUGCGCCCGGCCUUUAUAAUUUUAGUAGAGUUGGGGUUUCACCAUGUUGGCCAGGCUGGUCUCAAACUCCUGACCUCAAGUGAUCCACCCACAUUCCAAAGUGCUGGAAUUACAGGUGUGAGCCACCGCACCCGGCCUGAAAUUAUUAUAACCACCCCAACAAUUGUUGAACUAAAUUGAGCAUCAGGAUGAUUUUUGAAAACUGAUUUUUUUUUAAUGUUCUCCCUUUUCUAUAGAGUUAUUUUUUUCUGCUAAGAACAGACCAAGCAAAGGUUAUGGCAAUAUCCUGAGCACUCAAAAUACAGCCCUGCACCAAAAAGAAAGGCUAGAAACUUCCCUGAAGUUAUCCAUUUGGCCAAGAGGGAAGCAUUGAAAGUGACUGAUUCUCAAAAACUGUACUCAGCAUGUUGAAGGCACAACAAUGCUAGAACUUAUAUUGGGAUGACAUGUUCUAGAAUACAAAUGAUGUUGUAGAUUUAUGAUACUUGAAUUAAUGUUUUGAGGAAGGUUCUCAGGGUCUCUCUUGAAAGGCUUUAAUUCCUGCCAAAGGUCCCUUACAGGAGACUGGAUGGAAUGCUUACUGAAUCUGUGAGGACAUGAAGCCCCACAGAUUUGUAUAUCUAGCUGGCCACAAUAUUAUACUUUUCAAGACAUUUUUAUGUUAAUUUUUUAGAGGUGGGGGAAGCUUUACUCUGAUUAUUCUAGGAGCAGAAUUGUCGUUGUUAGAUAAAAAUACAGUGCCAACACAUGUUCAUCUCUUUAGGAGCCAAGAAAGCAUUUCUUUGUUGCAACUUUCUAUGUUUGUCACAUAAUCGAGUACUUUUCUAAAAAAUAAAAUAAUUUUAAGUACCAACUCUGAAAUCUUAGAAUCCUUCCCCUAUCUCACCUUCCAUCUGUAACCAAUUACCUCUGACCAGGUGUGGUAAGUAGAAUAAUCCCCCCUGCCCACCACCAAUGAUGUCCACGUCCUAAUUCCCGGAAUGUGUAAAUGUAUUAAAUGUCCAAAGAGACUUUGCAGAUAUGAUUAAGGACACUGAUAGAAGGAGAUGAUCCUGAGUGAUUUGGGUGGGCCCACUGCAAUCAUAAGGGCCUUAUAAGAGGGAGGCAGGAGGCCGGGCGCGGUGGCUCACGCUUGUAAUCCCAGCACUUUGGGAGGCUGAGGCGGGCGGAUCACGAGGUCAGGAGAUCGAGACCACGGUGAAACCCCGUCUCUACUAAAAAUACAAAAAAAAAUUAGCCGGGCGUGGUGGCGGGCGCCUGUAGUCCCAGCUACUCGGGAGGCUGAGGCAGGAGAAUGGCGUGAACCCGGGAGGCGGAGCUUGCAGUGAGCUGA